AUGCUAUCCUACGGUACGUGUUUGCGCAGGACGCUACAUUCCGUCCCGCGGCGGAGACCGGCUCUCGAAUCGACAACCCUCCUUCAAGCCCGUCCCCUCCGACAGACGAUCCGCGCAUUCAGCGCUGAAGCCACGACCACAACCUCGCGGAUGCCGAGCGGAACGAAUGUACUCAAAGCUGAAAUUGAUCCUGCCGUCAAGGAGCAAGAGGAGGAGAAUGGCGUCUCGGAAAAGAAAACUAGGGAACGACUGGAGCGCAACGUCUUGAAGGAGCUCCACUACCUGCAAGAUCCGUACAAGAUUGCGGAAAGGGUCCAGGCGGCGCUCGAGAAAGACAAAUAUGACGAGGCUCUGUUUAUGACGCAGAAAGCUAGCAAGGACUAUGCAGUCGUGGUAUCCUGGAACCACUUGAUCGGUUAUAUGUUGAAGAAGCAGCAGCUGCGCAAGGCGAUAAAGCUAUAUAACGAGAUGAAGAAGCGUGCCCAGGAACCCAACGCUCGAACUUAUACCGUCAUAUUCCGUGGACUUGCCGAAUCAGAGCACCCAAAGCUUGCCGUGGCCGAGGCCGUGAGGAUAUACAACAGACUUAUCACAGAUCCUCGCAUCACGCCAAACUCGUUUCACCUCAACGCCGUCAUCAAUGUCUGCAACCGGGCAGGGGACUUGGACUCCAUGUUCUCCGUCCUCAACACCAUCGACGAUGCGCACCGGCCGCCGACAGCUUACACCUACACAACCGUCAUUAACGCCCUUCGAUACAAUGCGGGGACUGGUGUGAAGGACUUGACGGUUACCCAAAAGAAGGCAGAUAUUGUGGUUGCGAUCCGGCGCGGCAAGGCCGUGUGGGAGGAGGUCAUGGACAGGUGGCGAAAAGGACUCUUGAAAAUCGACGAGCCGCUGGUAUGCGCCAUGAUGCGCCUGCUCAUGCUGGGUACCACCCGUGAGGAGAAGAUGGAGGUGUUCGAUCUCCUGGAAGAGACCAUGGGGAUCCCCAACUUGACCAGAAAGGAUGAUGGCCCAGCCUCAAGCACGAGUGGCAAGAACUCGAGAAAUGACAAGCAAGUUGUUUCAAAGGGCUCACACGCUACCCCCGGCCGCAAUACGUUGGCUGGCGUGCUCACAGUUCUGGGAAUGGCGCGCCUGAACACGGUUGGUAUCAAGUACUGGAACCGCCUAGUACGAGAUCACCAAAUCGUGCCAGAUCGGGACUGCUGGACGCGUUUGUUUGUCAUGCUCAAGGCGGCAAAGGCCAGUGCCCACUGCACUGAGGUCCUCGCCAUCAUCCCUGACGACUGCAUCGACGCCCAGUUCUUCCGUAUGGCCAUGGAAACGUGCAUCGCCGACAACAUCAACCUCAACGCCAUCAAGAACUCGACCCGCGCCCUCGACGCCAUGAUGAAGCGUCUCCCGGUGCCUGAUCCCCACACCUUGCGCCUUUACCUCCGGGUCUCCCAAGCCUCCCACUUUCACCUACGCAACCGCUCCAGCGAGGGCGACGUCGAGGGCGCCAAGCGUGACUAUGGCAUUCAGAUCGCCCAGGCCCUCGACCGCCUCUGGAAGCCGUACCGCCAGCUCCACGACCAUUACUUCAAGGAGGUCAAGGCCGAAACGAAGAAGGACCAGGGCAUUCUAUACAACCAGCAGCGUGAGGUCAUUGCCCUCGCCCGCUUCAUGUACGGCUCCUACAACAAGAUCAUCCAGCAAGAGAUGCUUCCCGAGGCGGACCUCAAGGAGAUCCGCCCCAUCGGCGGCCGCAUCAACCGCGAGAUCCAUGCCUUCUUCCAGGACCGCGAGCUGCACGAGCCCAAACUACGCAAGCUGGGCCGCAAGUCGGCAGAGGAUGACAUGACGGGUUACCAAAGCCCCUACGAGAUCGGCGUUCACUGGGACACGACGGUGGCGGGAAAGCCACUGGAGCUCGAGAGGGAACCUGGGCCGAGGCGGGACCGCGAGCAGGGCUACAGGCAGAGACGUGACGAGGGGCGUCGUUCUUACAGAUCAAAAGAUCAAGACUUCCGGGGAGAGCCCCCGAACAACGAUGCUCGCGGUCGACGUGCUCCUAUCGAGUGGUGA